GUUCAGGGUUAUUGAUCAAUGUAGAAGAUGCACAAGUCUGCGAGACACAUCCGAAACUGGAUUGGGAAACAUUUGCGUGUGAUCGUACCACAGAGUGUGCUCUGCUGCUGUGACCGGGACAGAACCGUGGCACUGCUUCACAGAAAGAUGAUGAUGAAGGGGAUUGUGGUCCUGCUAUGCAUGAUCCUAACAUGCGUAGCUCAGAAGUGGAACCAGGGAAGCUCACGUCGGGACCCUAAAGCAGGUCACGCCAACGGAAAGACUUGUUCCAAUUUGACCCAGGUGCUGGACAACUGGAAAUAUGCCAUUCUAACCCAAGUGAAAGAACUGCUGAUCAAUGACCAUGUGUCUGUCCUCCCAGAAUACAACAGGAUCCGGCCUCUGUCAGAGGCCUUGGGAGACCUCUACAUGCAGUUUAACACUCUAAAAGUCGAGCUGGGGAAGCUCACCUCCAAGUUAGACUCUGUGGAGGGUUUUGUGGACGACCUCAAGGACGGCAGGUUCGCUCGGCCUCAGCGGCCCCCCAGCGUUGGUCUGAGGUUUCCACUGCGAGCUCAGAUGAGGACUCCUGACAGGGGGAUGAUCAAGGGGCCACCACUGAGAAGACGGUCACAGAUACCUUAGACCCAACAGUGCUGACGUAUAAACCAAGAGUUAAUGUUUAUAUAUUUUUAAAUGAUUAUUUUGUAUCGUUUUAUUGAGGAGUAAAAUGUGUGAAUAAGUCACGUGCUCAUGCAUUUUGUCGAAAAGAUGAUUUUUAAAUCUCCAAAAAAAUCUUGAAAAAGUCCCUUUUAACCACAAGGUGGCAGCUUAAAUCAAUAUCUCCACUGUCAGCAUGCUGCUCUCUGUGUGUUGAUAGCUGGACAUUAAGUAUCAUAAUGGCUGAAAUGGUAGUCUAGUGUUUUGAUUUAAUAUAUAUAUAUACAUACACACACAUGUGUUUAUAUACAUGUGUGUAUGUAUAUAUAUAUAUGUGUGUGUACGUAUAUACUGUAUAUAUAUAUAUAUAUACACACACACAUUAAUUAACUUUGUGUGAGCAUUUUUCAUGUUGGAGUUACUUACCCAAAUGAUGAUUAAAAACAGAUGAGUUUCAAGCUGA